GAGCGAGGCAAGGGAGGCGGCGGGUGCGGGCGCUCCGCGGCUGCGCGGCGCGUGCUAGCGGCGGCUGGGUCCCGGCCCGCGCCCGCGGCGCCCCCGCUGCGGCCGGAGCGGCCUGGCUGCAGGAUCCGUGCGUAGCGAUGGCGGGGCCGCCCCGGCAGCGCCCGGCCUGGGCACCGUUGCUGCUGCGGCUGCUGCUGGCGGGGAUCGCUGCCUGCGAGGCCAGCCCCGCGGAUGACGGCGCCGGCCCGGGGGGCCGAGGACCCCGGGGACGCGCGCGAGGGGACACGGGCGCCGACGAGGCAGUGCCGCGCCACGACUCCUCCUACGGCACCUUUGCGGGGGAGUUCUACGACCUGCGCUACCUGUCGGAGGAGGGCUACCCUUUCCCCACUGCUCCUCCUGUGGACCCAUUUGCCAAAAUCAAGGUGGAAGACUGCGGAAGAACUAAGGGAUGCUUCAGGUACGGCAAGCCAGGCUGCAAUGCAGACACCUGUGACUACUUCCUUAGCUACCGGAUGAUAGGCGCCGACGUGGAGUUCGAGCUGAGCGCAGACACGGAUGGUUGGGUCGCAGUUGGAUUCUCUUCAGAUAAAAAGAUGGGUGGCGAUGAUGUCAUGGCCUGUGUCCACGAUGACAAUGGCAGAGUUCGCAUCCAGCACUUCUAUAACGUGGGCCAGUGGGCAAAGGAAGUUCAGCGGAACCCUGCCCGAGAUGAAGAAGGAGUCUUCGAGAACAACCGAGUCACCUGCAGGUUUAAGCGCCCUGUGAACGUUCCCAGGGAUGAAACGAUUGUGGAUCUGCACCUGAGUUGGUACUACCUAUUUGCCUGGGGUCCGGCCAUUCAGGGCUCCAUCACUCGCCACGACAUAGAUUCUCCACCAGCGUCAGAGCGUGUGGUCAGUAUUUACAAGUACGAAGACAUUUUCAUGCCAUCGGCUGCCUACCAGACCUUCUCCUCUCCAUUUUGUUUGCUUCUCAUUGUGGCCCUGACCUUCUACCUGCUGAUGGGAACCCCUUAACCACAGCUGGACCAGAUGGAGUGAAAAACCUUCAGUAUAUAUUUUUCAAUAAUCACCUGUGUAAUUUUAGCCUCAGUUAUUUAAAAACAAGUCAUGAUUUCAACAUUUUUGGAAAAAAGAGAAAGCUCUCCUAGUCAAACAGGAUUGUCAAGGCAAACCUACUUUCAGGAAGUACUUAAAAUGUUUGCGAACACUUGCAAAUGUGUUUUCUAUUUGAGCUUUACAAUAUCUGCGCAUUGACGCGGUACAACUGUGAGGGUCAUCAUAGCGACUGGGAUUGAAACCCAGACAAAGGCUGCCUUUUGUUGACCUACGUGUCUCACAGCCUUGGCUGACAGGAUCGGGUGACACAUAGCAAGGAAGAGAAAGAGCUAGCUAGCGGUGGAGAGCAUGCCUCAGAACAGCGCACACAGAACAGGGUCACUUUGCAUGUUGCUGUGGGGACCUUUACAGGAUGUCACAAGUGCGUCAGCAGCCUCUUGAGAACAUUUUCGUGCUGCCUAAGUGCUUUCUGAUAGUCGCAGAGUUGAUGGGGGAGUACGGGAGAGAUUGUGUCUGGCAAUAAGAAAGUGGCUUGUAUUUAUUUAAAAUAUCUUCUCAAUUACUGUGUGCUUAUGAGAAAAAAGGUUUUAUGUUGCUGUUAGGAAAGAUUAAAAAUAGAACUGUGAAUAUUUCUGAAGAUGCAAAGUUAUUUUAAUGAUGAAAAUAGAAUUAUCAAUAGUUAGAAUUUGCUCUCUUCUGCUACAGUAUUCUAUCAACUAAGGUGUUCAUGGUGGCUCUAGACAAUGGUGUUUUUCCAGUCAGCAUACAUUAAGUAUAAUUAAAUAUGCAUUAUAACAGACAGGUCACCCUAAGGAAAACAUUAACAUUUUUAAGACUCUAGACAUCAGGAGCAAAAAUGGGUGGCAGGGACCCUGAGGUAAAUUCACCAAGAAUAUACAUUAAAAAUGUUUAAUUCUAUGUUUUCUUUUUUCAAAAGAGCCAGAUACUCUUUUAGUCCAAAUAUGUAGAGGAAUUUUAAUUCAGAACAUGGCUGCUCUGGCAAGAGAUCACAUCCAAAGACUUUCUAGGUCUGUGUGAUCGGGCGGGAAUACAGACAUGCCUUUAAUCCCGGAGACAGAGGUAAGUAGAUCUCUGAGUUCCAGGACAACCUGGUAUGGAGCAAGUUUCAGGUAAAGAAAAGCUUAGGUCCAAUUGUGCUGGCACAUGCCUUAAAUUCCAGCACUCAGUGGACAGAGGCAUGCAGAUCUCCGAGUUCUAGUCGAUGCUGUUCAGUCGGUUGGGUUGAAAGUGAGUUGGGAUGCAGGGCGGUAAAGUUCAAGGCAGUUAGUUCAUGGAAUUCAGAGGCAGUUUAACCUGGAGAGUUUUACAGAGAGAGGUUGAAUAGAGGAUGAGUUAGACACAGGUUAAAACAGAACCAGGGAAUGACAAGGAGCCAGAAGAUUAGAACAGACUGCUAGAGUUAGUUUGAGGCCAAACAGAGCAAUUCAGUCAGAGAGAAAAUCCAGAUUGAAUAGUCAGCUAACAGAGGAGUUUGAGCCAGAAGAGUUGAGUUGAACCAGCCCCCACAAGUUCAGAGAGACCUAGAAAGGCUGAACUUAUUCAGCAGUAUGUCUCAGAGGCUGAAAGCAUUCUAGACUUUUAUUAGAUUGUAUGGAGGCUAGAAGAGCUUCCAGGAUUAGGCCUAGGUUAGCAGACCUGAAGCAACAAUUACCUCGGGAAUAAAAGUUACUUUAACACAAAUAUCUAUGCCAGCCUGCUGCAUAGAGGAGAGUAGCUGUGUCAUUCCCAUUGUGGCAUUCCAGAAUUCUCUGCUUGUUCCUUUUGCUCCAACUUGAUAGAGGAGCAACAUCAGAGCACGGUUUCUAAGGUCCUUUCCUCCAAGAUUCAUGCUAGAGGUGAAGGUCAGCCUGUGGGAGGGUGUUCAGAUUCUUUUGGGCUGGAGCCAAGCUAAACGAAGUUUGCUACUUUGUGACACGCCCACAUCCAGCUUCAAACUCAAGGUUCAAGCUGGAGGCUCCGCCUCACUGCCAUCACCUCUUUACCAAACCCUCUGAUCUUAUACAAGCUUGGCUCAAAGCAUAUGUAUCAGCUUCUCAGUGUUCGGAGUUGGUUUAGGAGUGAGAGUUGGGAGUACACUGAGACACCAUGUUGUAUAUAAGAAGCCCAAUAUUUUUAUAUAUCCCGUAUGUGUACGACACCCGAUCUAUAAAUAGCAGAGCAAGAGAGUUCAGUUAAUAGUAGGAGCAAGAGGUGUUUCCCUUACACUUAUGUUUCAAAUCAAGUAACUGUUUCACUGAAUCUUUACUUGAGUGACCAGGUUUGUAUAUUUUGGCUUGGAACUUGCAAUUAAUUAUCCUUCCCCUGGCAGCAACAUGCAAGUGACUCUACUAAGCUCCAGGCUUUUCUGCUUCAGGCCACUGCUUGCCUGAGAGGUCUUGAGUUCUUCCAACCUCUUCUCUCUCACACAACCUCUCUUCCCUCCUGUGGAUGAUAAACUUAUCUCUAAUGCUCUGGCUUAGUUAUCCCUUCCUCCAGUCCUCUGGACCACAUGGUUCUAGGACAUACUCAGUGCUCCUGUAGCCCAUUGGGCUUCUUCAUCACACAUGUCAGAUUUUACUGAAAUUGCUGGCUUUGUUUUCACUGCUAAUCCCCCUCUUGUAAGAGCUCUUUCUCACCACUCACCCUGUGGCAGGAGCCACUUCUUAAUAGGUAUCCAGCAAACUGAUGGAAUAAGUUACAGAACUGUCUUGAUACUGUGAGUUUAUUUGAGCCAGAGGAAUCUCUUUUAUAUACUUUACCUGACUAGCCAAUGUUUGUAUAUCCCCUCUUUGUGAUCAAACCAUGUCUUCCAAAAACAUAAAUGACAGAAUCCUUAGUGACGGUGUGGUUUUGCCUUUCAGUGGAUACCAGUUGGCAUUUUCAACAAUAAUAAGUGUCCUAAACUAAGAAUUUGCAGACUAGGAGUGCAUCACAACAGUUGGCUAUCAUCUCAGAGAACUAGUCACUGACAGACAUGCAGAAGCUAAAGCUGUAUAGACUUCAAAUUUGUUCCUUCUUACCUAAUAUAAGAGAAUGACUUUAUCCCUCUCUUCAUUCUCUCUCUCUUUCAGCCGGACCUCACAAUCCUUCUCCUUCAGCCUCCUGACUCCUAUCUCAAGCAUGCACCACCAGAUCUGACAAUACAUUUUCCUUUUCUAAGACAGUGUUUGUCCUGAGGGAGAUGCCUAUCAAUGCUUUUUGGUAAAAUGCCCAAGUGGAAUAUGAGCAGCAGAUAAAUGUAUUUAGUGCUGUUUUAAGUGUUCCACAUUCAUUAACUCUUUCGAUCUUAACAACCAGAGGAAGUAUCUGUUAUUAAUGCAGCUUUACAAAUGGAAAAAUGGAGGUUGUUAAUUUGGCUGACUUACCAAUGCUGGCAAGACUUCAGAGAUGGAGGCACCAGGGGCCAAAGGACCCACUAUGAAUCCCUAUACCUCUUGCAGAGUCUUUAAAACUUCCAUUAAAUAGAACCUGCUAUCCAUACUCAAGUCAGCUAGGUGCUUUCACCUGGCUCCUAGUACUUUACAGCGAAUAUGAGGACUUCUUACAACUGUGUUUGAGGAAAGGAACACAUUUGAUUUUGAAUCACUUUAUUUUCUUAAAAUUAUUUUAGUACUUUUUUGUUUUCUUUUCUUCCUUCCUUCCUUCCUUCUUUUCUUUCUUUCUUCCUUCCCUCCUUUUCUUUCUUCCUUCUUAGCAUUAAGGAUCAUAUCCAAGUCCUUGUGCAUAUUACAGAGUGUUCCACAAACUAUACUCUCAGCUCAUUUUAGUACUGUUAAUGUUUUUCAAACUAUUGUGUAGAUGGGACUGAAGAAUGCACUUGUUAAUUUCUGAACAUGGCUUUCUUAAAACCUUGCUCUGUCUUACAACAUGGAAUUACACAUGCUUUUAUUGUCCCACUAUAGUCAAACAUGCAUUUAGAGAAAAUCCAGAAGGUGCAUUCAGUUAUCAUGGUUUGGCUAUGUGUUUAAAGAAAUCAGAAAGUUUGACAAUUGAGGGAUAGUUUUCCAUCCCAGUGUAUUCAUACUAUUUAAGUUUUCUGUCUAUUUUCAGGAUUUUGUCUUAAGUGAUAUUAGCACUGAGAUUGAACACUGUUCUUAUUUCUCUCCCAGGAUUUCUUAAAAUUUCCUUGUAAAGAAGCUAGGUUGUCAAUAUUUUUAACUUUGUGCUUGUGUCCCUGCUGUUCUACUCUGCCACAGACAGUUCAGAAAUGAACAAUUACGGCUGUGCAUUAGUAAAACAACUAAAAAUUUAACUCCAUAUACUUUGCAGAUGCCAAAAUGAUACAGUAAGUUUUAAAAAGCUGUUGGAAAAUCAAAAACCCCUUCUUAGCUUGCUGGGCUGGGUUUAUGGACUCUGGUUUUCCAGUGGCUUUAGUCAUGGGCAUUCUGUUUAUCCAGUCAGUUGUAAAUCAUAUUACCAGCAACUUAUUGUUAGCUAGUUGUAAAAAUAUCAAAGUUGGUGAAUAAUUUGUUUAAAACUAAUUUAUAGUUAGUGUUCUGUUAUAAAGGAAUAGCAUAGUGGCAUCCUUACACAUUUAUAUUCUAACAUGUUUCCUGGAGUUGGCACAGAGAGGUACAGGAAAGAACCAAUGGUAAAGGACCAGCCUGGGUAGGUUACAGCUUUGUUUUGCCCGAGGCCUGGCAGUUGUGAGCAUGUCUCACUUUGAACUGCUCUUUUGGUGAACAUUUCUAAGCUUUAGAGUAAUCUAUUUCUGUGUAGGAAUUUUUAAAAAUGAUCAUAGGGGCACGAGAGUGUUUUACACAUGUGACACAUCUAUCUCAUAUAAUGAAACAGUGUGUGAGAGCCAGCAUGCAAGGUCACAUGCUGAGGUGACUGGUAGUUGACUAUUGUACAUCCUUACUCUCCAAACAGAAAUGCAUAUUUAGUGAACAAGUUGAUUAUUUUCAGGUUGUUUAUAUGUAAAUACAUUUUAUAGAUAGGUGACAGAGGGGGCGUAUUUAUACAUAAACGCACAUGUACUAGUACACACAGACACAGACACACACACACACACACACACACACACACACACACCAUGAACAUUAAAGGUUAUUGUCAGGGUUGGUUCUUUUUCUGAUCUCUUGUAUACUUUAAAACACAGAGAAAAACAUUGUAUUACAAGCAUACUUAUCCUUGAAUUUGUAGUAAUUUAGUUUAUAGAAGGGAUUCCUGUAUCUUUUAUUAAGCCUUGCUUCCUCUCUUCAGCAUUGUAUGACUUAAGAAUGGAUAUGCAUUGUUGCUUAAUUUAUUUUUUUUCAUACCAUUAAGAAACCAAGUUGAAUAACUGGCAUGUUACAUGGCAGCCUAAACAUGUUCUAAGUUGCAAUAGUUUUUAUUUUUAUUUUUUAUUUUUAUUUUUUUUACUCUAUUCUAUUAUUCAGUGAGCAAUUUGUGUAGUUUCCAGUUGGAUUUCCUUGUGCUUUUAUUGAACAGAUGACUUGCAUAUAAUUUCCUUUUUAUGAAAAUAGUAGUUAGGGAAAUAAGAGCUUAAAUAUGCCUGGCAAUGGAAAAAUGUAUGUAAAUCUCUUAGCCUUGGGGGUGUGUUCUACUUAAGAAUACACUAAUGACUGGAUAAUAUUUACAAUUUUCUCUCAAAUAUUUUCUAUUAGGUGAGUAACCACUCAGUCUGAUUCUUCUGGAAUGUAAUCAUUCUCUGAGUUUGAUGAAUAUUCAGUGGGUGUGGCAUCCACCCAGUUCACUAGACUCUUUCCUGCUUCAUCGCCUAGAAUCCCCUGAGCCCUCUGUCCCGGGAGAGUGAAUUCGGCUUCUCCACUUGCCUUAUUCCCACUGACACAUUGACAGGCUGGAACAGUCUGGCUCCAGAAGAACUAAUAGUUUUUUUGAGACUGUCUACAAAAUACUAUUUUGUUAAAACUAUGCUUUUAAAUAGACACUGAUGAGUUAUAUUUGUUUUAUAAAAAAUUGUGUACCUAAUGUUCAAUUGUGAUUGAUUUUGAGAUUAUAUAUAAAUGUAUAUUUAUAAGCCUGUCCUAUGUGGAUUUUUACUCUAAAAUGUGUGGCACAUUACUAAUAAAGAUAUGGGUUUCUAUUUAAGUAAAGUAAUUGUAGCAACAUUCCUGUACCUGAAUGAUUAUUCUGUUCAUUGGCCAUCAUAGCUACUUUUAUCUUUAGAGCAUUAAAUUAUAUUCAGAAUAUAUUAACCAGGAUUAAACUUUAAAAACAUAAACUUUGAACAUAAUUUGAAAUUUUCUUGUUAUGUAAUUAAAACUAGUUUAUAAUUCCUUUU